GGAAAACUCGGCGUUUUUUCCGGGGAGGAUUGAAGGGAUAUUUAAGUUUUAUGAAGACCCUUUAAGGAGGUCUCACUUUGUUAGGUUCUGGUGGGAAAUGGCUGGGAGGGAGAUAGUGAUUGAGGGAGUUAGAGGGGAGUGUUAUUAUGAGAAGAAGAAUGUUGUUGUUGGGGGUGGUGAAGAUGGAAGCGAUGGUAACAGCGUUGAGGAAUUGAUGGGAGUGAUUGAGAGGGUUGGAUCGUAUUCGGGGUUUCGAAGUGCUCACAGGAAGGAGUGCUUGAGCUUGGUGAGGAGGUUGAAGCUGCUGCUGCCUCUGUUGGAGGAGAUUAGGGAGUUGGAGUACUACUCCAAUCAGGCUUUGAAUUCUUUGGCUAAUUUGAAGAGGGCACUUGCUUCUGCCAAGAAGUUGCUCAAGAAUUGUAGUUGUGGGAGUAAGAUUUACUUGACUUUGGAAAGUGAGGCAGUGAUCGUAAGGUUUCAUGUUGUUUAUGAUAAACUAAGCCAGGCUUUGGAAGAUUUCCCUUAUGUUGAGCUUGGGAUCUCAGAUGAAGUCAAAGAGCAAGUUCAACUAACGCGAACGCAACUCAAACGAGCAAAGAAACGGGCUGAUACGCAGGAUAUAGAGCUAGCAAUGGAUCUGAUGGUUGUGUUCUCUAAGAAAAAUGAUGACAGGAAUGCAGAUAAAGCGAUACUUGAAAGACUAGCCAAUAAGUUGGAACUACACACUAUUGCAGACUUGAAAGAGGAAACAAUAGUUGUUAGAAAGCUAGCUAAAAGGAGAUCAGCAAGUCAGAAUGCUGAAAGCAUUCAACAGGUCACUGAUCUUUUGGGUAGGUUUAAAGAAAAUGCAGGGAUUUAUGAGGACUUCUUGCUUGAUGGUCCUGUUUCCACGAAAAGUCUGAGGAAGUAUCGGUCUUUGUUGAUUCCAAAUGAGUUUCUAUGCCCGAUUACGUUGGAGAUCAUGACUGAUCCUGUCAUUGUUGCAACAGGACAGACUUAUGAAAGAGCAAGCAUACAAAAGUGGCUGGGUUCCAAUCACAACACCUGCCCAAAGACGGGGCAAACAUUGGAUCACAUAUCACUAGCACCAAAUUUUUCCCUCAAGAAUCUAAUCCAGCAAUGGUGUGAGAAGAAUCAUUUUGAACUGCCUAAGAAGGAAUCUAAUGCAUUUCCUGAUGGCUCUACUGCUGAAAUUUUGGAGGAAAUAUCUUCCUUAGUGUAUGAUCUAUCUUCAUGUCAGCUGGAUGUUUUGAAAGAAGCCAUUUUUAAGAUCCGAAUGCUAUCUAAAGAGAAUCCGGAGAAUAGAGUUCUGAUAGCUAAGGGUGGAGGGAUCCCCCAAUUGAUCAGGCUCUUGUCAUAUCCAGAUUCCAAGAUUCAAGAACACACAGUGACAGCUCUUUUAAAUUUAUCAAUUGAUGAGGCCAACAAAAGACUCAUAGCAGGAGAAGAGUCUGUUUCUGCUAUAAUUGAGAUCUUGCAGCAUGGAACAGAUGAAGCUAGAGAGAAUUCUGCUGCUGCAUUGUUGAGCUUAUCCAUGCUCAAUGAGAACAAAGUACUUAUUGGGACUUUGAAUGGAAUUCCUCCUCUGGUACAUCUUCUGCAGACUGGAACAACUAGAGGUAGAAAGGAUGCUGCCACUGCAUUAUUUAACUUGUCUUUGAACCAAACCAACAAGUCAAGGGCCAUUGAUGCAGGUCUAAUACCGCCAUUGCUUCAUCUAAUUGAGGAUAAGAACUUGGGCAUGACUGAUGAAGCCCUCUCAAUUUUGUUACUCCUUGCAUCACAUCCUGAGGGCCGAAACGAGAUUGGGAGGUUAUCUUUCAUUGAAACUCUGGUUGGAAUUAUCAAGAAUGGAACUCCCAAGAACAAGGAAUGUGCUACAUCGGUUCUUCUAGCGCUUGGAUUGAAUAAUUCGUCCUUGACUUUGGCUGCACUUCAGUAUGGUGUCUAUGAGCAUCUGGUGGAGGUAGCUAGAUGUGGAACCAACAGAGCUCAAAGGAAGGCUAACGCCCUUUUGCAGCAUAUGAGUAAAUGUGAGCACAUUCCUUAACAUUUUACACAAAACUCACUUUGAUUCUUUAUUCUUGAGUGAACUCUUAAUCAAGCUUUUCUUCAAAGUUUGUCUCUAUAUAUGUAGUACAAAACUAUACUGUAUUGUGUUAUAACAUAUAAGAAUUCUUGAUUCUGGUAAGUGAAAGAAGCAAUCUUUACAGAC